UUCAUACUUUUUUAACCACGCAAAGAAAAAAUUUCUAUUUUUAAUUCUAUCAGCUAUCUUAAUUCAUAGCGCGAAACGACGCUUUUAUUCUUCAAAAAAGCUGAAAUACUCGUACAUCUAUCUUUUAAAGUGUAGCGUAUCAUUACUUACGCCCGAACAUUCGUAAUAAUAGUUGAAAAAUGUUGGGGGCUGGCGAUGGUGGCCACAUUAUCAAACUGCGUGGUUUGCCUUUCUCCACAACGGUUCAGGAUGUCCUCGAGUUCUUAGGUGGUAUUUCGGUUGUUAACGGCGAAGAAGGUGUCCAUUUAACUGAGGUGCGACCAGGGAGGCCUUCAGGAGAAUGCUUUGUAGAAGUGGAGACGCAGGAGGAUGUGGAUCAGGCUCUGAAGAAAGACAAAGAGCACAUGGGCAAGAGAUAUAUUGAGGUAUUCUCUACUGACCGUCAAGACAUGGAAUGGGCUCUAAAUGCAAUGCGUCAAAGUGAGAAUGGCUUUGACAGCAUACCCAAUGUCAACGAUGAAUAUGGCAUUGUCAAGCUGAGAGGCUUGCCUUUUGGCUGCUCUAAAGAAGAAAUUGAACAAUUCUUUGACGGGUUGACGGUGGCCCAAGACGGGGUGCACUUGCUAUCGGACCACACGGGGCGGGCCUCGGGCGAGGCGUUUGUUUACUUCGUUGACAAGCUGAGCGCUCAAGAAGCUCUCAGCAGGGACAGGGAGAAAAUAGGACACAGGUACAUUGAGGUGUUCAUAAGCUCGGCAGAAGAGGUUCGCGCGUACGCUUCUCGGGUUCUCGGCGAGUUCAAGUCGUCGCGCGGCUAUCGUGCUACGCCGUACGACCGCAACGACAGAUACUCCGGCGGACGCUUCGGCGGCAGGGGCGGCCGGGGCGGGGCUAUCGGACGAGGCGGUGGUUUCGGCGCGCGCGGCGGCGGUGGCGGCGGCGGGCGGCGCGGCUCGUGCCAUUGCGUGCACAUGCGCGGCUUGCCCUUCAAAGCCACGCCGCAGGAUAUUGCCUAUUUCUUCAGGCCGAUCCAUCCAAUGAACAUCAACAUCCUGUACGACAACAGCGGGCGGCCCAGCGGCGAGGCUGACGUCGAGUUUGAGUGCCACGAGGAUGCCAUGCGGGCCAUGAGGCGGGACAAAAACAAUAUGGAACAUCGUUACAUCGAGCUGUUUAUGAACUCGUCUCCUGGUGGCGGUGGCGGUGGCGUCGGCGGUGGCUUCAAACCCAACCGCACCUUCCGCAACUACUGAUGACUUCCGCACUAAUAUACACAAAAAAAAAGUUAUGUACUGUCCGUACUCUCAUCUCCCGGUGGCGGCGGAGGUGGCGUCUUUGGUGGCUUCAAACCCAACCGCACUUUCCGCAACUACUGAUAUUUCCGCAUUAAUACGCAAAUAUACACAAAAAAACUUUUUAUAUACCGUCAUCACCUGGAGCUGCUCAUCAAGCUGAAAAAUCUCUGAUGAUAAUGUGAGAAGUUUACUAUUGCGAAUGAACAAUGACAAGUGUGUUCAGACACCUAUAUAAUUUUCAUAUUUCAGAGAAUUAAAUUUAGUUGUAUGUACUUAAUAAAUUAGUCUGAGUUUUUCCUACAAACUUGUCCUAUUUUAAAUAAUAGCAGGUCCACAGCAAAUGGUAUAGGCUCUAAAAUUCCGAGUUCUACGUUUCGCGUUAACCAUUCCCUCUCACUUACACAUUAUAUUUGUGCUUAGUGUGUGAGCGAGACAUGAUUAGGGUCCCUUCGUUUCGAUUCGUAUCCUUACUAACACGAGUAAUAAAAUCUUGGAAUGGCUUGGAUCUCUACUUAAUGAAAAAUAGUUUACUGUUUAACUGUUCAAUGUCUCAUGGGUCAUAGUAGUAGAAUUCAAAUACUAAGCUUAGAACUCAAGUUCACUGAAGUAGCAAAACCUAUUCGUAGUGAAUAUGCUAUACGAAUUCUAUAAAAUAUAUUUCUAAAAAUAA